AUGUGUCUUGGCAUCAAAGCCCUUCUAGGGCAACCGUCAAACUGUCCAACAGCCAACAACAACAUCAGCUUUGAUACGCAAUCAAAGCGAUAUGGAGUACUUCAGUCUGAAAAGAUCGACUGCGGCCGACCGCGGUCAGUCGAACUUGUCGAGCAAAGUCUACGUGCGAUCGACCAAAAGUGGCAAGGUCCAGAAAAUUACUACUCAAAAAAGGGUGAGAUUAAUGAGAUCGCGCCAUUUGUGCUUUCAGAUACACCAGCAGGAACAAGCGACUACCCCAAUGGCCUGUACCUACUUCCAGAUACCAACGCGCUCUUGAAUGGAAUGGACCUUUUUGAGGUGGAGACAGCAUUCCACGAUGUGAUCAUUCUUCAGACCGUGCUUGAAGAAGUCAAGAACCGCUCAUUACCGCUCUACCAUCGCCUGAUUGCUUUGACGAAGAAUGAAGGAAAGCGCUUCUAUGUGUUCUUCAAUGAGUUCCGCCAAGAGACGCAUGUAGCUCGAGAUGCCGGCGAGAGCAUCAAUGACAGGAAUGAUCGAGCGGUACGCAAAGCUGUGGAGUGGUAUAACCAGCACAUUACAGAAGCCGUCACUGCACGCAGCAAGACGCAACAGCGCAUCCCUACCGUCAUUAUGAUCACGGACGACAAGGACAAUCUCCGCAAAGCAGAGAAGGAGGAUAUACCUGCAGUGAGCCUAUCUGGCUUUGUCAACGGAUUGGAAAAUGCAGACGAAUUAUUAGACAUGAUGAGCGCCGCACAAGAGCAGAGAGAUGUCAGAUCCAAGAAGACUGAAGUGUUCUACUCUGACCACAUCUCAACAUCGAAGAUGAUGACCGGUGUGAAGGCUGGAACUAUGCAUCAAGGUAUAUUCAAUGUCUCGACAUACAACUAUCUGGAAGGAUCAGUCCACGUACCCGCUUUCGACAAGUCACUUCUGAUUCUCGGACGAGAGAACAGCAACCGAGCAGUAUCUGGCGAUGUUGUGGUCGUGGAAGUGUUGCCAAAAGACCAAUGGAAAGCACCCUCGACGAAGAUAAUCGAGGAAGAGACUCUCAACAAGAACGACAACGCAGAAGCUGAAGAUGGCGAGAACGUCGUAUCAGAAAAGGAGCGAAAAGCAUUACAGGAAGAGGUCAAACGCGUGCAUGGACAGACGGCAGAAGGCAAGCCUCAGCCAACUGCCCGAAUUGUGGGUAUCGCUAAGCGUAACUGGCGACAAUAUGUUGGCCACAUCGACCGAGAUUCGGUGCGGUCAAGCUCCAAGACCAGCAGAGCCCAACAGACGGUGUUUCUUGUGCCUAUGGACAAGCGCAUUCCGAAGAUUCGCAUCAGGACACGACAGGCGGGAGAGCUCCUUGGUCAGCGCAUAUUGGCAACGAUCGACUCCUGGGACAAGGACUCGCGAUAUCCUGUUGGUCACUUUGUGCGAUCGCUCGGAGAACUUGAGUCAAAGGGCGCAGAGACCGAGGCGCUCUUGCUGGAGUAUGAUGUGCAGUACAAGCCUUUCCCAAAAACUGUACUGGAUUGCUUGCCCGCGGAAGGCCACGACUGGAAGGUGCCUGCCAGCCCGGAGGAUCCAGGUUGGAAGGGUCGGAAAGAUUUACGAGAUCUGUUAGUCUGCAGUAUCGAUCCAGUGGGUUGUGUAGACAUCGACGACGCUCUUCACGCGACCAAGCUGCCGAAUGGGAACUUCGCGGUAGGUGUUCACAUUGCAGAUGUGUCCCAUUUCGUCAAACCGAACAAUGCCAUGGACAAGGAGGCUAGCCAACGCGGAACGACCGUCUACCUCGUAGACAAGCGCAUAGACAUGUUGCCUAUGCUGCUCGGAACGGAUCUUUGCUCACUCAAGCCCUACGUAGAGCGCUACGCUUUCUCGGUUUUGUGGGAGAUUACACCAGAUGCGGACAUCGUCAAGUCAGAGUUCACGAAAUCAGUCAUCCGUUCAAGAGAGGCUUUUAGCUACGAACAGGCUCAGAUUCGCAUCGAUGACAAGUCGCAACAAGAUGACCUGACCAACGGCAUGCGGACACUCCUGAUGCUAUCGAAGAAACUGAAGCAGAAGCGCAUGGAUGCAGGAGCACUUAAUCUCGCUUCACCCGAAGUCAAAGUCCGCACCGAAUCUGAGACGUCUGAUCCUGUCGAUGUCGAGACCAAGAAACUUCUUGACACCAACUCCCUCGUUGAAGAGUUCAUGUUGCUCGCCAACAUCAGCGUUGCAGCCCGCAACUAUGAAGCAUUCCCUCAAACUGCUCUUCUACGCCGCCACGCUGCGCCACCCAAGACCAACUUUGAAGAACUCGGCAACCAACUCAAGAUCAAGAAGGGCCUUGAGCUCAAGACCGACAGCUCCAAAGCCCUCGCUGACUCGCUCGAUACCUGCGUUGACCCCAAAAAUCCCUUCUUCAACACCCUCGUCCGCAUCAUGGCGACGCGCUGCAUGAUGUCCGCCGAGUACUUUUGUGCAGGCACACAGGCAUAUCCAGAGUUCAGGCAUUAUGGUCUAGCGAGCGAGAUCUACACGCACUUCACCAGUCCCAUUCGACGAUAUGCGGAUUUGGAAGCGCAUCGACAACUCGCUGCUGCUAUUGAGUACGAGCAGUUGGAUCCGAGCCUACAGUCCAAAGCGAAGCUGGAAGCUGUGUGCAAGAACAUCAACGUCAGGCAUCGCAAUGCGCAGAACGCUGGGCGCGCAUCCAUCGAAUACUACGUUGGCCAGGCGCUCAAGGGCAAGGAUAUUACAGAAGAUGGAUUCGUCAUGAAGAUCUUCUCGAACGGAUUCGUCGUCUUUGUGCCACGCUUUGGUAUCGAGAGUCUCAUUCGUCUGAGGGAGCUGGCCACCCCAGAGCCGGAGGCGGACUUCGAUGCGGAGAACUAUGUGCUCAGCAUCAAAGGCGAUGUCAAGAGGCAGGUGGAGCUGUUUGAGAAGGUGCAGGUCAGGAUCACGGAUGAGAUGGAGGAGAGCACAGGGAAGAGGAAGGUUAGGUUGACACUGGUCUGA